AAAAUCAGCUAGCAUGUGAUCGGAAUCUGAAUAUUCCAUUUGGGCUCAUAUGCAGCCGAGGGACGAAAAGCAGGAUGGAUAAAUGAGCACACUUAAGGUGCGAGUAAGAAUGAGAGGGGCCGAGGGCAAAACGUGAACGUUAUGUGGGGGAGGAAACGCUUCGACCUCCGGUUGGUUGACUUUGACGUCAGAUUUGAUGUGGACCCGCCCGCCAGCUCAAGUGGCAGCAGUGAAUGAAGGGGUGGGAGUCGUGUAAUCCGGCAUCAGACUACGUGUGGAUGCGGGCAUCCCGGGGGUUGUUCCUACUUUGUGGUGUCAGCGACGACCACCUGACGGGGUCGCGAUGGUGCACGGCUCCGCGCCUCGACGUGCGGCUUCGGGCCGUUUUGGGGACCCGGGCGUGCGGCCGUUGUGACGUCCACUUGCACGCCGCUGUUUGUGCCGACUUUAUUGUUUCCGGUCCAGACGCACAGCGAAGAUGUUGAGCCGAUUCGUGAGCGGCAGCGUCAGGAAUCUCGAGAGGGAAUACGGCUGCACCGUCCGGCUGCUGGACGACUCGGAAUAUACGUGCACCAUUCAGCGAGAUGCGAAAGGACAGUAUCUGUUUGACCUCAUCUGCCACCACCUCAACUUGCUGGAGAAAGAUUAUUUUGGCAUCAGAUAUGUCGACCCCGACAAGCAGAGGCACUGGUUGGAGUUAACGAGGUCAAUUGCUAAGCAAAUGAAAUCUCAGCCUCCGUUCACCAUGUGUCUGCGUGUCAAGUUCUACCCUCCUGAUCCGGCUGCCCUCAAGGAGGAAAUCACUCGAUAUCUCGUCUUCCUGCAAAUCAAAAGGGACCUUUACCACGGCCGCCUCCUGUGCAAAACCUCGGACGCCGCUAUGCUGGCUGCCUACAUCCUUCAAGCUGAGAUCGGGAAUUACGACCCCGGGAAGCAUCCGGAAGGUUACAGCUCGAAAUUCCAGUUCUUCCCCAAACACUCGGAGAAACUGGAGCGGCGGAUCGCUGACAUACACAAGACGGAACUGAUCGGACAGACCCCUGAAACAUCCGAGCGAAAUUUCCUACAGAAAGCCCAGAUGCUGGAGACAUAUGGUGUUGAUCCACACCCGUGCAAGGACGUGUCGGGCAACCCGGCCUUCCUUGCCUUCACGCCCUUUGGUUUUGUGGUCCUGCAGGGAAACAAGAGAGUACAUUUCCUCAAAUGGAACGAGGUCACCAAGCUCAAGUUCGAGGGCAAGACGUUCCACGUUUACGCCAACCACAAGGAGGAAACAAAGAUCAUCCUGACAUACUUUGCACCCACGCCGGAGGCAUGCAAGCACCUUUGGAAGUGUGGCGUGGAGAACCAAGCUUUCUAUAAGCUGGAGAAGUCAAGUCAGGUCCGGACGGUGUCCAGCAGCAAUUUGUUCUUCAAGGGCAGCCGCUUCCGUUACAGCGGCCGCGUGGCAAAAGAGGUGAUGGAGCAGAGCGCCAAAAUCAAACGAGAGCCUCCAGAAAUACACAGGGCCGGCCUGGUUCCCAGCAGGAGCUGCCCGUCUAUCACCCACGGGCCUCGGCUCACCAGCGUACCGCGCACGCGGCGGAGAGCUGUGCACAUAUCCAUCAUGGAGGGUCUGGAGUCGCUCCGUGACAGCGCCCACUCCACCCCGGUGCGUUCGGUGUCCCACGGCGAGGCGUUUAUCUCGCGUUCGCGCAGCCAGGCCACGGACGCCAGCGAGGGGACGGCGGUGAUUUCGGACGAGGCGUACAGCCCCUCGGACAGCGUCCUCCCGACGCCGGUGGCCGAGCACGGCGCCGAGCCGCCGGCCGCCCUGCGCCAAAUUAAUGGGGCGCCGUGCAGUAUCGAGGAGGAGAAGGAGUCGGAGGCGGGGACCCCCACGCGAGGGGCCGGGAGGGACUUUGGACGAGCGCAAGAGGGCGACGCAGGGGCCCUCAGCGAGGUGGAACAGGUGAAUAAGUUCCUGUUGAGCGUCCUGCGUUUGCUCCUCGUCACCAUCGGCCUCCUCUUUGUCCUGCUCGUCCUCCUCAUCAUCCUCACCGAGUCCGACCUCGACGUGGCGUUUUUACGUGACAUCCGCCGGACCCCCGAAUUCGAGCAGUUCCAUUACGAAUACUUUUGUCCCCUCAGGCGGUGGUUUGCCUGCAAGCUCCGCUGGGUGGGCGGGUUGCUCGUUAGCAAGUGAGGCGCUCUCGUUGGUUAAAAAAAAAAAAAAAAAGAAGGCCGCUCGGUGGGGGGCCGAGGAGGAGACGCCAUGGAGGGUGGCCCCCACGGGGCUCGACCUCCUCCCGCGGACGUGCAGCUUGACCACCCUGCCCAACCUGGGCCAGCUUCUCUCUCCCCCCGUCACGCUUUGAGUUUUUUAAACCCGGCCCAACCUCACUUUCACCCUCCUAUUUUUUUUAAUAUAUACCAAUCAUCUUCUCCCGCUUUUGUUGCCUUUUGUAAAAAAAAAAAAAAAAACUUUCAGAGAGACGAGCAUUGCCUUUAUGUGUUAUUUAUUAUUUUAAAAGUACAUUUGCAUCAGACAAGGAGCGGAAAUGAGCACUACUAAAGGACGUGUAAAGCAGAAGUUAGUUAGCGGGGGUACACGCCGACCAAUUUUUAUCUGCCAAUUUUUAAAACGUGAGUUGCUUCUCACAUGGCAAGAAAAAAACUGAGUCAUACCACUCUUUGGAGGGUUGAAUAAUAUAAAAUAUAAAAGUAUAGUUUUGGGGUAGAGGGAGGAGCUAUAUUUAGACAAGACAUAGCUCCAUCUAAUAGAAAAGUAGUGGUUUGCCGCCACCUUCUGGCAUCUAUAGGUAAUUGUAUACCUUUUGGGCACAGGGCGAGUCAAUUACUUGUGGAUUUGCGUUGUUCCUGGCAGGUACUUGACAAACGUAGCGCACCACACACGUAACCCGUUCAAGAUUUACAGUUGUAAGUCUCGAGUUGUUUUCUGAGAAAUUCGGGGGAGAAAAUUAACUUUUGCCGCAGCCCGCAUCACAUAACAAUUGGUCAGGACCAUCUUUGUGAGAUCCGAUUAGCGGGUCUUUGACCAUCAAGGAGGGAAAUUGCUGUAGGUGGCGAUGACAUAUAGUAGAAAGUAUGAUGUGGAAUAUGAAGACACGGAAGGUUGAAGCGAAAUGAAAGUUCUCGUGUAGGAGAUGAAUGGCUCGUUUUUGUGAAAAGAUGAUGAUCGCUGGUUUUGAUGAUUGUUUAAGAGGACACUUUAAUAGCGAUAACAGAUCGAAUUUUAAUGUCGUAAAUGGCUACGGUGGACGGAGUCACGUGAGCCCGUAGAGUUAAUUAAGAGCAACGAAUAGCUAAUAGUCCAGAUGCUCAGAAAGUACUUGUUGAAUGUGUUUGUUGGUUCUGCUCAUUCAUUUUUCAUGACCUUGAGAUUCAAUGAAUUUCAAUUAUUUCUUAUGAGGAAGAUUUAUUUUUGGUUUAAAGAUCAACUUCUAGGUUUGUGCAUCAUGUCGCGUGGACAAGACAAGAUGAUGUGCAUUUUUUUGUUUGUUUGUUUUUGUACAAAAUUAAUUUGUUUCCUAAUAUAUUGACCGCGCCAAUGUAUAUUUUAACAGGACUCAAAUGUUAUUUUGUUACUGAAGAUGAAAUUAUACUUUUUUGUAGCACCGGGGCUCAAGGGACGAUAGGAGCGUUGGCAGAGAAACAAAUGUCAGCUUUUCUGCGUAUGAUUCAACUACACUUGCGAUGCCAAAAAAUACAUCAACACCUUUCAUCAAUUCUUUUUAAAAAGAAAUAACCGUGAUAAUAACUUUGCAGAUGGUAAAAUAAACACAAAAAUAGCCAUUUGUUAUGAAUUAGGUGCAUUAGAUGCAUGUUUCACGUUGUGACAAAUGAAUAUGAGUAUAAAAUGCGCAUUGUACAUUUUUACACAUUUUAUAGUUUUAACUGUUGACUGAUUUUAGAACGCGUGGAGCAAAUAAUGCAAACUCAACAGUGUACAUCGUGUGCAAGAAAAGUUCUGUUAGUACAAGAGAAAGUACAUCAACAGCGGAGCCUCCAAAGUCAACAACAAUCCAAAAUUAUUUGUUUGUAUUUCAGGAGACUUUUUUUUCAUGGUUUCAUGAAAAUGGAAAAAAUAAUAAUCUGUUCCAGUUUCAUGAACUUGACAUUGGCAACUGUCGUACAAGUGUAAAAAAAAAAAAAAAAAAAUUAUGUUGCAUUUAAGCAGGUGUUCAAGAGGACAACUUGGGGAUACAGCACGUCAAAAUUUACUGUCAUACAUGUUGAAAAAGAACUUAAUAUUUCAUCUAAAAAUGAUUUUGGGCCUAAACCCCAACCCAUUCAUGGUGUUUCCCAUUACCGUAAUUUCCGGCCUAUAAACCGUGACUUUUUGAACACGCUUUCAACCCAACGGUUUAUGCGGUGAUGCAGCUAAUUUGUGCAUUUUUUUCUAACGGCCGAAAGGGGGCACAUGAGCGGAAAAGUUAAGAGUGAGACCGGUGGAAUAUAUGUGCCGAGGAAGUGACUUUUACCGGUCCGGCCCUGUUAGCGUUGCGGUGCUAGGGUUAGCUUUAGCGCGGCAGCACUAGCAUUGGUGCGGCGGCACUAGUGUUAGCAUUAGCGCAGUGGCGUUUGAGUUAGCAUGGUGGCGCUAGCGUUAGAGCGGCAGCGAUAGCGUUAGUGUGGCGGCAUUAGCAUUAGAGUGGCGAUGCUGGUGUUAGCGCAGCGGCGCUAGCGUUACACUCUCUGUGUACCGUCUUUGUAAAUAUGUCGUGUUUCAAUGUUGGUUUCAAUGUGGGUACUUGCGGCUUUUACACGGCCGCGGCCUAUGUAUGUACCAAAUGGUAUUUCCUUUACAAAUGUACUAGGUGAGGCUUAUACCCAGGUGCGCUCUGUAGGCCGGGAAUUACGGUAUGCGUUAGGAUUCAACUUGUGGACUUUAAUGUUAAAGUUAUGGGGUUGUUCUAAACAUGCAAAGUGUACUACAUUUUGUUUGAUGCUUAGUUUGACAGCAAAUUUCAACUGGGUGUGCC